AUGACUAUCAAUGGGAGAAAGGAUGUUGCAAAAUAUUGGAAAGAAGUAAUUAAAGAUCAAUCUAUGCAACAACUUCAAGCUCAUCAUUUCCGAACAAUAGAAAAAGAUCUUGCUAGUGAUCUUCAGUUCAAGCGAAGGCCGGAUCAUGUUACUAUCUACCACAAUGAUAAUCUUGAAGUAGAUGAUGUUACGAUUUACCACAACGAUAAUUUCAAAAAUGAUGAUGUUACGGUUUACCACAAUGAUAAGCUCAAAGCCGACGAUGUUACGAUUUACCACAAUGAUAAUCUUGAAGCGGAUGAUGUUACGAUUUACCACAAUGAUAAUUUCAAAAAUGAUGAUGUUACGAUUUACCAAAGCGAUAAUGUCAAAGAAGAUGAUGUUACGAUUUACCACAACGAUAAUCUCAAGCAGAUAAACCGUUGA